AUGGCCGACCAAGAGGAGGACUUCAGCUCCUUGCCGCUGCCCGACCGCUUUUCACACAAGAACUGGAAAGUACGCAAGCAGGCCUAUGAAGAUGUUGCUAAGCAGUUUGCCAAAUCACCGGACGAGUCCGACCCUUGCUUCCGACCCUUUCUCAACGACCCGGGCCUGUGGAAGUCUGCCGUGGCCGACUCCAACGUGGCCGCCCAGCAAGAAGCCAUCGCUGCCCUGUGCGAGUUCCUCAAAUAUGGCGGACGAGACUGUGCCCUGCGUACACGGGGCGUUGCCAUUAGCCCCAUAGUCGAAAAGUGUCUCUCUUCAACGCGGCCGGCCAUCAAGCAAAACUCUCUCGAAGCUUUGCUGCUUUUCAUCGAGCUGGAUACGGCAGCCCCCGUUGUCGAAGAGGUGCUGCCCGGCCUUGGCAACAAAGUGCCCAAGAACGUCGCUGCUACACUCAACGCUCUGACCCAGAUCGUCCACAACUACGGCUGCAAGAUUGUCGACCCAAAGCCGAUCCUCAAGGCCCUGCCCAAGGCUUUUGGCGCUGCUGAUAAAAAUGUGCGUGCGGAAGCCACUGGUCUUGCGGUGGAGCUCUACAGGUGGCUGCGCGAGGCCAUGAAGCCCAUGUUCUGGGGAGACUUGAAACCUACACAGCAGACAGAUCUGGAGGCGCAGUUCGAAAAGGUCAAGGCCGAGGGCACUCCGAAACAAGAGCGGUUGCUGCGUAGCCAGCAAGAGCAAGCCGAGUCCGGCGGCGGCGGCGGUGAGGACGGCGAAGAGGGUGAAGAGGAAGAGGCGGACGAGCCGGCAGAAAUCGACGCCUUCGCCUUGGCCGAGCCCGAAGAUGUGCUGAAGAAGGUGCCGCCCAAUUUCAGCGAGCUUCUCGCCUCGUCCAAGUGGAAAGAUCGUAAAGAGGCUGUCGAAGGGCUGUAUGCAGUGCUUAACGUUCCUCGUAUCAAGGAUGGCGACUUCAACGAAAUCACCCGGGGUCUCGCCAAGUGCAUGAAGGAUGCCAACGUUGCUGUUGUGACCCAGGCGGCCCAGUGCAUCGAAGUGCUGGCAAAGGGUCUGCGGCAAGCGUUUGGCAAGCAUCGUGCUACCGUCAUGCAGCCCAUUAUGGAACGACUAAAAGAGAAGAAAGCUACGGUUGCUGACGCCUUGGGCGCAGCCCUUGAUGCCACCUUUGAGGCGACGUCGUUAUCCGACUGUCUUGAGGACAUCUUUGCUUUCCUCGGCAACAAAAACCCACAGGUCAAGGAGGGUACCAUGAAAUUUCUCAUUCGCUGUCUGCGGACCACGCGCGAGGUUCCCACCAAGCCCGAGAUUGCGCAGAUAUGCGAGGCUGGAAAGAAGCUGCUGUCGGAAUCGAGCCCGGCCUUGCGAGAUGGCGGUGCCGAGAUUCUGGGAACCAUCAUGAAGAUCAUUGGCGAGCGUGCCAUGACGCCCAACCUGGAGGGCCUGGACGACAUUCGAAAGACCAAGAUCAAAGAGUUCUUCGAGACGGCCGAGGUCAAGGCCAAGGAGAAGCCCAAGCCCGUCCCGAAGCCAGCGCCAGCGGCGGCGCCAAAGAAGGUCGUCGGAGCCAAGAAGCCAGCGGCGGGUGUCAAGAGACCGGCGGCUGCUGCACCGGCCGAGGCACCUCCCGCGACCAAGGUUGCAGGAAGCAAGCUGGGUCUACCCAAGACUGGUGGACUCAAGGCUCCUCAAAAGCGGACCGUGGGUGCUUCUUCCGGGGCUUCGUCGCCUCGCCGGUCCGGCCCAAUCAUGCCGGAGGAGGACCCUCUGCCACCAACACCACAGCCAAAGGCGGCGGCGCCCUCGCGUGGCCUGACAGGGCGCUCCCUGGCCAAACCCGUUUCGGCUCCGGUGCAGAUGCCCUCGGAAUCCCCUCCUCCUUCAAGUGGCCUUACUGCCAUCGAGAGGGCCGAGCUGGAAGAGCUUCGUACUGCCAAUGAUCGCCUGACUCGACAUAUCGAUGACUUGCGGCAGGAGCGCAGCAAGUUUACGUCGGAAAUCCAAGAGCUCAAGAACCAGAAUGCCAGUCUCAUCGAGGACCACACCCGGGAUGUGUUGAGUAUCAAGGCCAAGGAGACUCAACUGGUCCGGGCUCGGAGUGAUGCAGAGGCUGCAGAGCAAACCAACGAAAGACUACGGCGUGAGCUGGAUCGCCUCAAGAAGGCGCUUAGCCGUGCUGAAAGCCUGAACGCCUCUGCUGGUAAGUUGAAAGAGUCCCGUUUCGUAUGUCUUGAGAUUCGCGCUGACAUGCGAUCACUUAUCACAGGCAUCACAUCGCCGACGUUCGAGGACGCGCCCAUGUACCGAGACCAUAUGGCUGCCCCAAGCGCACGUAAUAGGAUGAGCUUUGCCAGCAGUAUGUCCGAAGAGAGGGAGAACGGCGAUGCUCCCUAUCCGCGAAACAAGUUCAGCCCGGAGCUGCGUUAUGCAGGCAGCACUGGCUCCUCUGGGCGUGGAUCGCCUGCCCGAGGAUUUAGGAACAUUGCGGCGCAUGACGACGGCAGCGAUUCAACAAUGACGUCGGCCAGAGAGCGCCCCGUGUCGUCAAUGCCGCAGUCGGGCUCCAACGGAGCCGAGAGCUGGAGGCGAGCAGCUGAGGUGACAAGCCAGUUGAAAGCCCGAAUUGAACAGAUGAAGGUAUGGAGUAUUACUCCGUGA